UAUUAUCAUUCGUUCGUUUAAUGAAUCGAUAAUAAAAACAUAAUUUAUUAUUAUUAAAUAAUAUUACUUCGGUUCGCCGUGUAGUUUCUGUAGUUUCGAUUUGAAAACAACUUUUGUUUUUUCCCUAAUAUAUUUAUAACAGUUUUAUUUUAUUUUACACAAGACAAAAUAUCGAUUUAACUGUACCUCGACCGAUUCGUUUGUUCGUUUCUACAGCACACACACACACACAAUAAUUUUAUAACUAGUUACACAUUGGUGUUGUUCUUAUAAUUUUUUUUCCCCUUGAAACGUUUUUAACUGGCUGUUUGCAUUUGACCGUUGGCAAAAAUGAGGAUCAUCAGUCCUAGUAUGGCCCGAAAUUUGGAAAAGAUGGUGGAUUUUUACUCGCAGUUCAAUCCGUCUUCGCUGUCGAUCAAACAGUUUAUGGAUUUCGGUCUAAAAGCAAAUGAACAAAAAUCGUAUCAAUUCUUGAAAAAAGAACUUCCCGUUCGAUUGGCUAAUAUCAUGAAAGAAAUUCACCUACUGCCCGACAAUUUGUUAAAAAUGCCUUCCGUGAAUUUAGUGAAUAACUGGUACGCUCAAUCAUUCAAAGACGUAUUGGAGUUUGAAAUCGAUGAUGGCUUAACCGAAAGUACAUUGUCCAAAUUUACACAGGCGUUGGUGAAAAUACGAAAUCGACAUUCUGACGUUGUUCAAACAAUGGCCCAAGGCGUACUCGAGCUCAAGGAAUCCCACAAAAUAGACACCCAUACAGAGAACAGUAUUCAAUACUUUCUCGAUCGGUUUUACAUGUCUCGAAUCGGCAUACGAAUGCUUAUAAAUCAACAUACUCUGCUGUUUGGUGAACAUCUUAAAAACAACCAAUAUCAACAUAUUGGAUGUAUCGAUCCGAAUUGCAAUGUAAUGAACGUUGUAAAGGAUGCGUACGAAAAUGCCAGAUUUUUAUGCGAUCAAUACUACUUGACCUCUCCCGAACUACAAAUUAACCAACCUUUAGAUAGAUGUGAUGAAGAACCCAUAAGAAUAGUGUACGUGCCGUCACAUUUGUAUCACAUACUCUUUGAGAUUUUUAAAAACGCCAUGAGAGCUAUCGUGGAACACCAUAAGAUAGAUGUUUUACCUCCACUGAUAGUAACGUUAGUCAAGGGAAAAGAAGACAUCUGUGUUAAAGUGUCUGAUCAAGGCGGUGGCAUUCCAAGAAGUUUGAGCGAUCAGUUAUUUCAUUACAUGUACUCGACUGCUCCGCAACCGUCAAAAUCCGAUGCGCAUACAGUGCCGUUAGCAGGGUACGGAUAUGGUCUGCCUAUAUCUAGGCUUUACGCUAGAUAUUUACACGGAGAUUUAGUGUUGAUGUCGUGCGAUGGAUACGGUACUGAUGCUAUUGUAUACAUGAAGGCGUUGUCGAACGAAGCCAACGAGUUGUUGCCUACAUUCAACAAAAUGUCCACCAAAUUUUACAAAAACACUAUACAAACUGGUGACUGGAAGGGCAGUUAUGCAUCACAGAACCAAAAGCACUACAAUACUUAGAGUACAAACUGAACUACUUUCUCAUUGGUCUUAGUCAUUUUUUAAAACAAACAUUAUGAAGAAAACCCAAAAAUUUUCUUGCCUUGUUAUGUUUGUUUAUAGACUUUUUUUUAUAAUUGUGUUAGUACACGGUUUAGUGAUAAAACGGAAAUUCUCAAAUGUAGUUCCUCUACUUUCCGGUGUCUUUUUUUUUUAUUUUGUUAGCUCAUCGAGUAUAUUAUAAUAAUAAUUAUUAUCGACUCUAUUAAGACUUAUUUUAUAGAAUUGGAAAAAUUGAAUUUAUUAUAACCGUAAUAUUGUGGUAUUAUAUGUUUAUGGUUUACCGUACCAAAUACAGUUUAUAUAUCAAAUUGUAUAUUAUUUGUAAUUCACGUGUGGGGGCAAAGGUGUCUGAAGUUGAUCGAGGUCAAGUAAAUUUUGAUUUUACUCUAAAUGUAAGACAAUAUUAUUACUGUCAGGUAUGACUUGUUUUAAUUUUUCAUAGCGGCAGAUUAGUUUGGAUGAUAUUACUUGGGUAAAGUUUAAGUAUAAAUAUCAAAUACUUUGACUUAUGUGUUGUGAACUUUAAAGAAAAUUUACUAGUUAUUAAACUUAUUGAACAUGAUUACAAUACUUUGAUCUUCCACUAUAUUGACAGUGAUUUUAAUAAUUGAAAUUAUUAUUUUUAUUUAUCAAUUUUUCUUCUAGAAUUAUUUUUUAAAAAAUUUGACAUACUACAUUAAGUUUCUUUUUAGCAAAAUGGUGUUUACAAAAUAAUAUUAUUCCUAACUGAUUUUAUGUUUUUUCCAAU